CAUCUUGUAUGGGCAUACGCUUUUCUGUUUCAUGGCUUUUCCUUCGUUUUAUAUUCCCUAAGUCUGUUUUUGCCCACCAUCAUUGCUGGAUUAGGCUUUCAAACGUGGCAAGCUCAGCUUAUGACGGUUCCUCCAAACACGCUGGCUGCUCUGUCUAUAUGGGGUGCUGUUUGGCUGUUAUAUCAUCUUGAUCGCGACUACUACCCGUAA